AGAAGAAGAACGUCAUCGCGUUGUGGUUUUCAACAACAUGAGAGCUUCUUCUGCCUGCUUGCAAAGCUAACUGAAUACACCAAAUCUGACACAUAUAGGCCCAGUAUUUUUUAGAUUUAUUAAGAAACAUGCACUCUGCAUAGUGAAAUACAAACAUAAAUAACAUGGAUCUUUCCUCAAAGAAGGGAGGAACUCCCAAUCCCGUGGAUAUGACCACCAGUGAGAAGGUUGUGGAGCUCCUGAAUCAGGCUGCUCUCAUGACCACAGAUGAAAAGCUAAAUGUUCUCAAACAGGUUCAGGAGCUUAUCAUCAACAAGGAUCCAUCUCUUCUUGACAAUUUUCUGGAUGAGAUGAUUGCUUUCCAGACUGACAAGUCUAUUGAAGUGAGAAAAUUUGUAAUUGGAUUUAUUGAGGAAGCAUGUAAAAGGGACAAUGAGCUUCUACUCAGACUCAUCGCCAACCUGAACAUGUUGCUGAAAGAUGAUAGUGUGAAUGUGGUGAAGAAAGCCAUCCUUACACUGACUCAGCUGUACAAAGUUACACUGCAGUGGUUGGUCCGCUCCAAAGCGGUAACAGAGAUGCAGGAGCCAUGCUGGGAUUUGGUCACACAAAUGAAAGAGGAAGUUCUGGCCUUGCUGGACUCUGAGAAUGACGGCGUUCGCACUCACGCCAUCAAGUUUACUGAAUCAUUGAUCAUCACUCUUUCACCACGGGGUUCUGAUUCUGAUGUCCCCAAACGGCAGGAAGGGGACAUCAGUCUGGACAAAGUUCCCAAGGACCAUUCAUACAUACGCUAUGAUGCUUUGUGUGAGGAGGGAAAGACUGCCUUGGAGAAGCUGUUGAAGUUCAUGGUCCAUCCGGCUAUUUCCAGUAUCAACCUCACAACAGCACUCGGUUCCCUGGCCACCAUCGCUCGUCAGAGGCCGAUGUUCAUGUCAGAAGUGGUUCAGGCGUAUGAAACACUGCAUGCAAACCUACCCCCCACUCUGGCCAAGUCUCAGGUCAGCAGUGUUCGAAAAAAUCUGAAGCUGCACUUGGUGGCAGUUCUCAAACAUCCGUGCAGCGUGGAGUUCCAGGGUCAAAUCAGCACCCUGCUGCUGGAUCUGGGAAUGCCCCAGAGCGAGAUCACCCGAUACACACCGGCGCCGCGUGAGCAGCGCAAAAGGCCACGUUAUGAUCAAUACACAGAGGGAAAAAAGGUCAAGAUGGAGCCGAUGGAAGACGACGAGGACAAGGAAGAGCCAGCUCAGCUCUCGGCUCCCAAACCAGUUGUUGUUCCUGUCGCACAGUCUGCCAUUGACCUCACAGCCGAGUUCCUGCAUCCACUGCUGAGCCCUGAGAACGUCGCCAACCUUGUGCUCAUCAGCAUGGUGUACCUGCCCGAUGUCAUGCCAGCAUCUUUCCAGGCCACAUACACACCUGUUGAAUCAGCAGGUACUGAUGCCCAAAUUAAACAUCUAGCCAGGCUGAUGGCUACCCAGAUGACUGCAGCUGGGAUUGGUCCAGGACUUGAACAGUGCAAAGCAAGAGAGGAUGAAGCAGUCAAAGGAGAAACAAGUGAGGAUGGAAACUCUAAAGACACGCUCAUCAAGCGCAAAGUUCCACCUAUGAUGGGCCAAGCCAUCUCGGUGGUGGGGGGUUACAGUGAUAAACCUCCCACCACAGAAGCUCCCACUGCGGUCAAGAGACUUCCUGAGCCCAUCCUUCCAUCUGCUCAAACCAAGAUGACGGGGGCGAGUGGGAGAAAGAAAGUGUUUCGGUUAUCCGACGUUGUCCAGCCUUUAUCAGACACUCACAUUGAGCAGUCAACUUCGAAAGCAGUGAAGAGGAUUCUGCAUUCAGAGAAGGCAAUUGCACAAAGCGGAAUGUCCCAUGUCAGGGUGAAGCUCCUUUCCAGACUUGUGACGCAGUUUGAAGGAAUGAUGAAAGAAGACGUGCUGGAGUUUAUUCUGGAUGAUAUCCGGGGGAGAAGCGACUUGGCGUUUUCUCUUCUCUACCAAGAAUACAACACCUACCUCAGCCAGCUGCCGUCAGGGCUGCUGGACAGCUACGACCACUGUCUCUUCACACUACUGUCAGGCCUGCAAGAGAAACCAGAGCAGAGGGAUGGACUUUUUACCAAGCUGGUACUGGAGGCUCCCAUUAUAACAGAAUCAGCAUUGGAUGUGAUACGUCGAUACUGUGAGGACGAGUCUCGGGUGUAUUUGGGCAUGACGACUCUGAAGGAGCUCAUCAUCAAACGGCCGUCCAGGCAGUUUCAAUAUCUGCAUGUCCUUCUGGACCUGAGCUCACACGAGAAAGAGAAGGUACGGACCACUGCCUUGGCUUUUCUAAAGCGCAUGUAUGAGAAAGACCAACUCAGGGACUACAUAGAGAAGUUUGCGCUAAACUACAUGCAGCUUCUGGUUCACCCGAAUCCUCCAUCUCUGCUGUUUGGGGCUGACAAAGAUACAGAGGUGGCUGCGCCCUGGACUGAGGAGACGGUGAGACAGUGUCUAUUCCUCUACUUGUCCCUGCUUCCUCUGAACCACCGGCUGGUCCAUGAGCUCGCGUCUGUCUACACUGAAGCCAUUGCUGACAUCAAACGCAGCGUGCUUCGAGCCAUAGAACAGCCUAUCCGUGGAAUGGGGAUGAACUCUCCAGAGCUGCUGCUGUUGGUUGAAAACUGCCCCAAAGGAGCAGAAACUCUGGUGACUCGCUGCCUCCACAUUCUGACUGAUAAAGUGCCUCCAUCACCAGAGCUGGUGGAGAGAGUGCGAGACCUUUACCACAAACGAGUCCCAGAUGUUCGCUUUCUCAUCCCUGUCAUCAAUGGUCUAGAAAAGAAUGAAGUCAUCCAAGCCCUCCCAAAGCUCAUCAAACUUAACCCAAUCGUCGUCAAGGAAGUGUUCAACAGACUCCUGGGAACUCAGCACAGUGAGGGAAGCUCCUCUGUGUCCCCUCUCACCCCAGGAGACCUGCUCAUUUCCUUACACAACAUCGACUCAGCCAAAUGCGACAUGAAGUCAAUCAUAAAAGCUACCAACCUGUGCUUCGGAGAGAAAAACGUGUACACAUCAGAAGUGUUGGCCGUGGUGAUGCAGCAGCUGAUGGAGCAGAAUCCUCUCCCCAUCCUGCUCAUGCGUACCGUCAUCCAGUCACUCACCAUGUAUCCCAGAUUGGUUGGGUUUGUCAUGAACAUCCUGUCCCGCCUCAUUGUCAAGCAGGUGUGGAAGUAUCCCAAGGUAUGGGAAGGAUUUGUGAAGUGCUGCCAGCGGACAAAGCCUCAGUCUUACAGCGUGCUCCUUCAGCUUCCGCCCGCACAGAUGACGAGCGUGUUUGAACGCUGUCCGGAAUUAAGAGCGCCUCUUCUCCAGCAUGUCCACUCUUUUACGCCUCAUCAGCAAGCUCACAUACCUUCCUCCAUCAUGGCAGUCUUGGAAGCAGAUAAAAAACCAGAGCCAAAGCCUGUGGAGCAAAUCAUAGGGAACGAGAUGGAAGCUGCUCCAGCCGUCUCACUUUUGGAAGAGACUCAAAUCACAGCACAGACAGAGCUAGACAUGUCUGCCCACCCAGAGCCACCCAUAAUGAAAGAUUAUGAGGAACCAAUGGAGCAAGAGGAGGCUGAUCCAGUGAUACAGGAAGAAAAUGAUGAAAGUAUUCCACAGGUUGAUUUGGAAAAAACAGCUGAUACACCACCACCUCACUCAGAGAUGACCGAAGAACCGAUGGAGGAACCUGAACCAUCAAACCACCAGGACCACCCUGAAGACAGUGAAGCUAACGUCACAGGAGCUGAGGCUGGAAGUGGCUGUGAGGAUGCAGAAUGAGGGUCCACUGAAAAAAGUAACAUUUCUCCAGUCUGAAGAUUUUCUUCAGGAUUUUGUAUUUUUUUUUUUUUUGUGUUUGUUUUGUUUCAUUUAGAUGAUGUAGAGAAAAUACUAGUUAUAUUUGUAUGAAAUCGUUCCAAAAGCAAUUAAUGUCAUUUUGAGUUGGCAAAUAAAUCAAGACUUUGGUUUAAAAUCA